AUGGACCCCCCGCGAGCACUCUUCACCUCCGACAUACGGGCUCCACUAUGCGUUGCCCUCCAGUCACUUUUGACAGCCGUACUGAUCUGGUCUACGCCGAAAAGAUCCGUCAUAAGAUGGGCAGCUCUCCCGUUGCUAUUGUAUCUUGCCGAGACCUGCGUGAACACCGGGUCGAAAUUCACCCUGCAGGUUGGCCUGUGGAUGAAUUUCACAAUCGGUGGUUACAUGUAUGGUCUGCACUGUUUCAAUCUCCUCUGCUUAUCGCCCCUGGACGGUGACGAUAUUCGCAAAGAGAUGGCGAAAUGGAGAAACGAAAGCUCCACCUCGGACCCGCUUCCCGAUCCAACAGACAAAAAGCCAAGCCAGCAGGACCGGGACAGCGAGUCGUACGCGUACAAGAUCUAUUUCACCACCGCAGCCCUUUGGAGUCUCCGUGGAAUCGGAACUGCAUGGGAGCUUCGAUCUCUCCCAACGUUUCCAAAAGGUCAAAUUCCAAGCCGUACAGCUUUCAUAACGCGGCAGAUGACCAUCAUUCUCCUUGCAUACUGCUUCCUCGACGUAUUGACCUCACAGAAACCAUCUCCAGAGACCGCUGCUACAUGGGCUGAUGGCAAGCAAUGGCUGUGGUUACCUUGGAACCCCUAUCCAGUGACAAAGGCCGAUCUGCUUGGGCGUGUGCAGGGCACAUUCAUGAAUUGGUUCCUGUUCGGUCGAGUGUUGAUGGAAAUCUGGUAUCGCGUCUUCUCCGUGGUUUUCGUUGGUUUGGGUAUCUCCGAGGUCAGACAGUGGCCGCCCGUCUGGGGCGCUUAUUCGGAAUGUUUCACAAUACGGCGAUAUUUCAACAAGUUCUGGCACCAGUGCAACCGCAUGCACCUACAAGGCUUGGGAGUGUUUUUUGCGCGAGAUGUGUUUGGCCUCCCGUCAGGUAUAUUGCAAAGAUAUGCCACCAUCUUUGUGGUAUUUGCCAUAUCCGGCUUAUACCACACUAUGAUGGACGUGCACACGGGAAUCCCCUGGCACAAAUCUGGUGGGCUCACAUGCUUCCUUGCGGUCGGGCUCGGAAUCGUGCUCGAGGACUUGUUCCAGUGGACUUGGAAACGCACCGCCAUCUCGAGAGGACUUGCCCCUACUACGCGCGCCUGGUUGGAAAAAAGCGUGGGUUACCUUUGGGUAUUUCUGUGGCUGACCAUCGUGACGCCGAUCUACAACUAUCCGGGCAUGAAUAGGGAUCCUGCGAAGUCACUUCCAUUUUAUAUUGUUCCGUGGAGUCUGGUGGGAUGGCUACAACGCUCGGCAUAG